UGGAGGAAGCGGCGGCGGCUGCGGCAGCGAGCGCCGGGUUCCGGCUCACGGCGGUGCGGCGAGAGCCGGCGGUGCGGCUGCAGCACGGCGCCAGCGGGCUGGAACCGCUGGCCUGGUCCGAGGAUCACCGGGUGUCGGUGAGCACGGCCCGCAGCAUCGCCGUGCUGGAGCAGCUCAGCGACGUGCACAGCGGCGGGCAGGACAUGGUCAUCCACCGCACCGCCGUGCCCGCGCCCGCCGCCGCCUGCAUGCUCAAGGUGGGCCCAAAGAAGGAGGUGGCUGAGUGCAAGGAGAAAUUCGCCAGCUCAGUGGAUCCCACCGUCAGCCAGACCUUCAUGCUGGACCGAGUGUUCAACCCCGAGGGGAAGUCCCUGCCGCCCAUGCGCGGUUUCAAAUACUCCAGCUGGUCCCCCCUGGGCUGCGACGCCAACGGGCGCUGCCUGCUGGCUGCCCUGACCAUGGACAACCGCCUGAGCAUCCACGCCAACCUCAACCGGCUGCAGUGGGUGCAGCUGGUGGAUCUGACCGAGCUGUACGGGGAGCGCCUGUUGGAGGCUGGGUACAGACUCUGCAAGGCCGACACUCCCUGCGGGGAGCUGGGGGAUUUCCCUGAGUUCCAGCGGAGGCACAGCAUGCAGGCUCCCGUGCGCAUGGAGUGGUCGGGCAUCUGCACCACCCAGCAGGUGAAGCACAACAACGAGUGCCGGGACGUGGGCAGCGUGCUGCUGGCCGUGCUCUUUGAGAAUGGCAACAUUGCUGUGUGGCAGUUCCAGCUGCCCUUCCUGGGGAAGGAAUCCAUCACUUCCUGCAACACCAUCGAGUCGGGAAUAAGCUCCCCCAGCGUGCUGGCGUGGUGGGAGUACGAGCACAACAACCGCAAGAUGAGCGGGCUGAUCGUGGGCAGCGCCUACGGCCCGGUGAAGAUCAUCCCCGUCAACCUCAAGGCGGUCAAAGGCUACUUCACACUGAGACAGCCCGUGGUGCUGUGGCAGGAGAUGGACCAGCUGCCCGUGCACAGCAUCAAAUGCAUCCCUCUCUACCACCCCUACCAGAAAUGCAGCUGCAGCCUGGUGGUGGCUGCCAGAGGCCCUUACGUGUUCUGGUGCCUGCUGCUGAUAUCCAAAGCGGGGCUGAACGUGCACAACUCCCACGUGACGGGGCUGCACUCCUUGCCCAUUGUCUCCAUGACUGCAGACAAGCAGAACGGCACGGUGUACACCUGCUCCAGCGAUGGCAAGGUCAGGCAGCUCAUCCCCAUAUUCACAGACGUUGCUUUAAAGUUUGAGCACCAGCUGAUAAAGCUCUCGGAGGUGUUUGGCUGUGUCAGGACUCACGGGAUUGCUGUCAGCCCCUGCGGGGCGUACCUGGCAGUCAUCACCACUGAGGGCAUGGCCAACGGGCUGCACCCUGUCAACAAAAACUACCAGGUUCAGUUUGUCACCCUCAAGACUUUUGAGGAGGCAGCUGCACAGCUCUUGGAAUCUUCUGUUCAGAAUCUUUUCAGGCAGGUGGACUUGACAGAUCUCGUACGCUGGAAAAUCUUGAAGGAUAAGCACAUUCCUCAGUUCUUACAGGAGGCACUGGAUAAAAAGAUAGAGAGCUGUGGUUCCACUUAUUUCUGGAGGUUUAAGUUGUUUCUCUUGAGGAUUUUGUACCAGUCGAUGCAGAAAACCCCCUCAGAGGUCACGUGGAGACCUUCACACGAGGAUGCCAAAAUCUUGAUAUCAGAUUCCCCUGGCAUGGGCAGCACUGAAGAUGAUCAGGAGGAAGGAACCUCAAAACAAGCCAGCAAGCAGAGCCUGGGGGACACAGGCAAAGGUGUGGACAUUGAUGACACUGCAGAGGAUUCUCUCCAUCAGUCAAGUGACUCUGGAGGCCGUGAGCCAAUGGUAGAAAAGCUUCUUGAAAUACAGGCACAGAUUGAGGCUGUAGAAAUGCACUUGACACGGGAGCACAUGAAACGGGUGUUGGGAGAAGUUUACCUGCACACGUGGAUUACAGAGAACACCAGCAUUCCCACCAGGGGAGUCUGUGACUUCCUCAUGUCUGAUGAUGCCUAUGAUGACAGAACAGCACGAGUGCUGAUUGGGCACAUCCUGAAGAAGAUGAACAAGCAGACCUUCCCUGAGCACUGCAGCUUGUGCAAGGAGAUCCUGCCCUUCACCGACCGCAAGCAGGCCGUGUGCUCCAACGGCCACAUCUGGCUCAGGUGCUUUCUAACCUACCAGUCGUGCCAGAGUUUGGUGUACAGGAGGUGUUUGCUUCACGACAGCAUUGCACGGCACCCAACCCCAGAAGAUCCUGAAUGGAUCAAGAGGUUAUUGCAGGGACCUUGCACCUUCUGUGAUUCUCCUGUGUUCUAGAGAAAAGCUGGGUCAAGACUGAAAGCAUUUUCUCUACUGCAUAAGCUCCCUUCAGCCUGGGAGGAUACAGGGACAGGAACACAGACUCUGCACAAGGUGUUCUCCCUCCAGCACAGCCCUGUACAUAGAACAUCACAGGUCCUACAAACUCCUGAAAUCCAGAGCUCAUUCCAUGCUCCAGAAACAGGAAUGCACCUGGAAGAGCCAGUUUAAAGCUGUUUGGAAAUGCACCCAAGGAAGCCUCAGCAGCUGGACACUGACAAGGAACUGAGGGUUGAGCAGAGUGGGAAUUGUCCUUUCUGCCUGUCAGUUCCCAGAGCUGGGAUGGGAACAGCAGAGCUGCCUCUUGAAUGGACUUGGUGGGUAGAGAAGGCUCCAGCUUGCAGUGCUCUCCUUUGCUUUGUAACCUUUACUGUAGAACAUGGAACUCUCCAGAUAAUCCAUGGUUCCAGAGGCUUGCCCAGAGCAGCAGGUGCCAGGUACAGCCAUAGGAGAGAAUUUGGCCAUGGCAUGAAUUUCAGUGAAACUCUGCAAGAGUAUCUGCCUCAGAAAUGUAACAGUGUCUCAGUCAGAAGGGUGAUAUUGGCUGCCUGGCAUCAGUAAGGAUAAUUUUAAAAUAUAAUAAUAAUUAAUAGCAAUUAGCUUAAACACUAAUAUAUAUACAUAUAUAUAUAAAAUUUCCAAUGCUCUUAAGUCUCUUGCCCCACUUUCUUUUUCUGAACUAAGUUCUAACUCCUUCCCAGCUCUUGCCAAAGUAUUUGCCUUUGGUUUCACUUAACCCUCUACCAAGAGGAAUCCUCUUUUCCAGAGAAACUCAGUUACCAAAA